AUGCACUUACCGUCGCCCCUUGAUAUCCAGGAGGCUGCCGACAUGCUUGUGCGGACCCUAGCACGGUCUGCAACUUGGAAGGAUACGCCCAUAGCAAUUGUCGGUGGCGCCGCGCUGCAACAUCACUUGACGCAGCCUUGUUCCCCAGCUCUUCGCGUGACAAAUGUUGUUCUCUACCUAACCCCUCACUCAUUAUAUCGGGGUGGUAUCAGCCUUGCUAACGACUCCAUUCAGAAUAUCGACAUUAUUGUUCGCCACAGUACCCAGGACUCUCUCACCAAAAGCAGCCUGAUCCGAGAAGUUUUGCAAUGCGACCAGAACCGCUUCUUCACGUACAAGCAGCAUGACGGUGGAUUACAGACGGAGACUGGUGUACUCAUUCGAUUUUGUGGAGACGACGAGGUAGGGAGCCCUUUCAUAUAUGGCCGCUUGCUCCCGACGCACAUAUGUUGA